CCUCCCAUCACAGUGAGUGUGUGUGUGUGUGUGUGUGCGUGUGUGUGUCUUCAGGAAGCCUCUCACACACUGCGGUGGAAAGCAGGGUGGCUGCUGCUGCUGCACUGGGCCAUGCGCUGAAGGAUGGUGCAUCAGGAGAAAUGUGUUUAUCAGGCCCAGAGGAUCGAGAGGGAGUCCAUCAGACAGAAACUGGCCCUGGGCAGUUUCUAUGACGACGGGCCCGUCUUCUUCGCCAGCAACAGCUGCCCAUCCCCACGGUUUCAGAAUGGCGUGAACCUGCAGGUGUGCUUCGUGAACGACAGCAACAGCGAUAAGGACAGCGACGCCGAGGACAGCAGGACGGAGACGAGUCUCGACACGCCCUUGUCUCCUGUGAGUAAGCAGAGCUCGUCGCUCUCGGACCGGGACACUUGUGAGGAAGAGGAAGAGGACGGGGAGUUUUGGCGGCUGCAGCGGCGGCUUGAGGAAGAAGCCCGCGGUGCUCUGGCUCUCGCUCGGCCCAUGGCACGCAUGCAGGUGGAGGUGGAGAGACACGUGCAGCUACACCGCAGGUCUCCGGUGGCCGAUCUGUUGCCGCACAUGCCACACAUCAGUGAGAGUCUGAUGAAGAGGAGUCUGAGGCCCGGGGACCUGAGAGACAUGAGCCUGGGGCAGUUACAGGUCAUCACCAACGACCUCCACUCACAGAUACAAGGUCUGAACGAGGAGCUCGUGCAGCUGCUGCUCCUGAGAGACGAGCUUCACGUGGAGCAGGACGCCAUGCUGGUGGACGUGGAAGACCUGACCAGGCAUGCGCACAGAGAGCAGAGACACAUGUCCAAAAGAAAAGGCGCCUGCUCCCUGUGACCCUCCUGACCCCCUCCGGAGCGGUUCAAGAGCCGUUAGUGUUGUGAUAGCGCUCGCAACUCAGCUUAACUAGACACGCGUGUCUCUUUUUAUGUGUUCCAAGCUUCAUGUGUUAAUCAGUCAUGCCGUGAGCUUUCGCGCUUGCCCAUGGUAGAGCAGGGGAAUGGAGAAGGUCAUCGGUGGAAGACCUGCAGGGUCGUGAUGAGCUGUACGGCCUGCAUGGUGCUGAGGGUGACGUGGAUCAUCAAGAAAUGCAACAAACCGCGGUGAAUUUGUUUGAUAUCAUAGACAAACCACUUCGAAGCAAAUUUCAGCGCGAAAAAAAAAACAUGCCAUAAAAUCCAUCCAAGAAAUGAAAUUUGAAGGAUAGAAUUCUAAUUAAAUUAGCUAAAACUCUAUUAAUCUAGCUAUUAUAUCAUUAUUUUUGUAAGUGUAUAAUAAUAAUCUUAUCGAUCUAUUCUAAAAUUCGAGCUAUUCUGUCAUUUCCAGUCAUAAUUCUAUAACAACUCCAGCAUUUCUCUCAUCAGACCCAUAACUCGAUCAUUUUAUAGGGUAGAGUUCUAAUUCUAGUCGCAAAUCGUAGAAUUCACGGAAAUUCUCUACAAAUUCUACAAUUCUAGUCUCUACAAUUAUGGAGUUAUGAUCAUGGUGAUAACUUGAGAAUUCCGUAGCUAGAAUCUUCAACCGCUGUGGCUACAAUUCUAUACACAGUCGUAGCCCUGUAGCCGCUGAAUUUAAAUUCUAGCAAUUUUACUCAUUUUAAUCCCACAAACAAAAGACAAACAUUUAGGAUUCGCAGAGGUUUAAGUGAAGGCUGACAGAAAUACAGCGUAUUCUUUAAAAUGUUUGGCUUUUUUUUUUUAACGUUUUAGCUCAUUAAUUAAUUAAUUAAUUAAUUAACUGCCAGACUUUUGAAAUCGUGAAGCAUUUUUUUUUUUAAUUUUUUAUUUUUUAACCAAAAAAAUCACUACGUUUUCGCUUUAUUUACGGACGAUGUUUUAGGUUGAGAUUGUAACACGACUCUAAAUAAGCUCAAAUGAUCCGGAUCACUUGCAUUUCUCAGUUCCCACAGAUUUUCUGAAGCCAGAUGCUGAAGCAGGGUAAAGAGAUUACUGAAGGUUUCGUUCCCAUCCAGAGUCCCUGCAUGUCAUGAUAUAAGACAGACUUCCCUCCUGAACUAAUAAAAAAAUCGCUUACAUCACCGCAAAAAAUUUUGCAUUAAUCACGCUGACAUUGUCCCUCACGCUAAAUUCUCAGGCAAUACGAGUUAGCGAAACUACACACCAUCAGCGUCAUAACCAGAGCUAGUUUAACGGUUUUCUCCAUGAUAUCAAGCAACCAUCUUUAAAGCGUAAGGUACAUUCCAGUGUUCGAGCAGGGGUUAAGAGAUUCGAGCUGACGGGAAUUUCUAAAAUAUAGCUAAAGUUUUAACUGCCUUCAGGUGAAAAUGUCGCCGUAGUGUUUGUCAAAAAUUUCUUACGUUAAAGUAGAUCAAGCCAACUGACAUUCCAGUAAUGAAGCCGGAUUCAACAACAACAAUAAAAGGAAAUAAACUUUAGUUUGUUAGUGUGGUUUCUCACGAUAAACUAAUUUCCAUUGGCUGACAUCUAAAGCAAGGCCAUGUCACAAUGUAGGGAAUAGCAGCUAAAGUUCACUCCCAUUCAUCCCGUAUGAUGAAAUCACGAACCUAGCCGAUUUGAAGCAUUUAGCAAACCUAGAAAUGAGCUGAUGUGGUAUAAAAGCUCACUUCUUUCCAGCUACAAUUGUUAGUUCUUUUUAAUUGCUAGUUAACUUCUAGUUAGCUAAGUUAGUCCCUACAACUUAUAGAACUUCAAUGUUAUGGUCUUAUAGUUAACUAUAGUUAGCUUAGUUACUUAAGCUUCCAUCAAUACAAUAACUUGCAUGAGAAAUCUGAUCGGUUAUCAGGAAACCUAGCAAAAAUCCAUUUCCUAGCGGCGUGAGAAAUCUUCGGAUGAAAUCGGAAGGUCUUGAAGUGUGGAGUCGGAUAACGCUGAAUUAACAAUCGCUCAAUAAACAACUUCCUUGCAGACA